AUGGAAGGGCGAGUUCCUCUUCGUCCAGGCCCUAAUAAAGCGGUGGCAAACCGUCUUCGGUAUUUUAGUCGGACAACCACAAACACUGGACGGAUGGCCUCAUACCUGGAACUGGAGAGUAACUCUGCCGAAGAGAUGGUGGAGUACUUCCGGAUUUCGGAGUAUACUAUGGAAGAUGUUUCUUUCAAAGGUCCGUCCAAUUGGAUUCCUUUUAAGGAAAUGUUUUACCAUGACAACUUCCUGGUCGCUGCCGGCUUAAGGCAGGACGAGGACAGAGAUUCAGCCAGGAGCAAGCUCAGGAAGUCUUGGAUAGGAGAUAUGAGCUCAUCCAGAUUUGCGGACACUCUAUGGAAGGAGUACAGCAAGUCAGGUGCCGAAAAGAGGGCCGACACCUUGAAAAAUGCCCCAACUUCAAAAGCUCUGGCCGAGAAAGCCGCUGCAAAGAAACGGCCAGCAGGCACCAGUGAAGCCCCUCCCUCGAAAAAGGCAAAGGGCUUUACUGCUAAAAGGAAGAAGACCACUCGGCCGGUUCCCAAGGUCGUGAUCGACCUUCCGGCCAAGGAGGAGGCCAAGGAGGAGCCAGCUGAAGUUGACUCUCGAGCCCUGGUGGCCUAUACUGGUCCGGCUGAGCAACCCGAUCCUUCGCAACCUGACGAGGUUGUCAUUCUGGACGACGCUGAACAAUCUUCUAAGCCGGACGCGGCUGUGGAGGAUCCGCCUUUUCUGGGCCAGUGGCCCAACUGGUAG